CAACAAUUUUUAAAUCUUUGAUCAGUUUGGCACCAAAUAUAUCAAAAGUUUCUAAUUUGUGAAUGUACUAUCUCAUGCCGUAUCAGUUAAAAGUAUAAUUUCUUAUUCUUUUGUAUUGUAUGUUUGUGUGUAUGUUUAAAAUAUUUCUAGUAUUCAAUGACUUUCUUACUUUGUAAUAUGAGCGGUGUAUUUAUAUUUUCAGUUUUUGUUCAAAAAGUUACGUAAUUUAUCAUAUAAUUUAGUUGAUAUAAGUUUCUAAUGAUGAAUCAGAUAUAAUGUGGCAGUUUGUGACAGUUUUCUUCUGAAGUAAUCGAGUGUAAAUGUAUAAUAAACUUUUGUAACAUUUAUAGCUCCGUUUGACUUUUUCAAUCUUUUAUCAACGCCCCUUUUGUAUCGUCAUAUACUUCCUAUCUUUUUUAAUUUAUUUUGUGCUUCUAUCAUAUGAAUAUCGCAUAUAAUAUCUGUGGGAACUAUUGUAGUUCCAUAAAUAUUUCAGAUUCAAAAUUUCCCGCUGUGUGUAGUGAUGGUAAUAAGCAAAAGAAAGCUGCGCAAAGAGGUCGCCACUAUAAUAUUUCAAGUUUGUACACAUAUCGAGAGUCGUUACUACAAUGCUAAAUGUGUACUUACAUGUAUACUUACACAACUGACUUUCAAAUCAGCCCAAUUUUUAUAUCAAGACAAUAUAAUAUACAUGUAUCUCCAAUUUAAUUGCUAAAUAAAAGAUAAAAAUGGUGUUUAGGAAAAUUACGUGAUAAAGAAAAGUGAUAGUUCUGCGACAUCAACUGAUAUAAUAUUUUCGUUACUUGAUAUGAAACUACAUGAUAACGAUAAUUUUCCAAUUUGCAUACAUCGUCGAAUUUCACAAUAAUUGUUACUACGUUUUGAAAAUUUGAUGCAUCAAUGGAAGAAACAACCAUCAUACCAAACAAUGUUGAACAAAAAGAAAAUUCAGAUUCAAUAGAGGUUGAUAACUCACGUACAGUGCUAUUGAAAAUAGCAACACUAUAUGCUGAACGUCUUAUGAACGAUAUUUGUCUUGUCGUGGAUGGUAUUGAGUAUCCAGCACAUCGUCUUAUACUUUGUGCUUCUAGCGAUGUUUUCCAAGUAAUGUUAAUGAGUCCACAAUGGAGCGAAUCUCAAGAGAGUAGAGUAACACUCCAAGAAACACCACAGUGUGCAUCUAUAUUUAGCGAAUUUUUACGAUAUUUUUACACUGGUCAAAUAAGAAUCAAUUGUGGAGUUGUUCUACCAAUAUUGUCUUUAGCAGAUAAGUACAACGUCAGAGAUUUAAUAUCACUGUGCCUCGAUUAUAUGCAGAAUCACAUAGCAUUAGCUGCCAUGCAUUGUACUCUGGCAUCGUGGUUACAAUAUACCUCGAAUUGCGGUCAUCACAAUAUUACCCAAGCGUGUCAAAAUUUUAUUAAAUGGAAUUUAGAAUUGGUGUUCAAGACUGCAGAUUUCGGGAACGUCGAUUUAGAUAAUUUGGUAUCGUUGUUGCAUCAAAGUAGUCUAGUGAUAAAGGAUGAAAUGACAUUGUACAAGCGUCUAGAAUCUUGGUUGGAUCAUCAAACGGCUCGUUUGCGAAUGCAAUUGUCGAGCGAGGAAUUCGAGGUAACGAUAAAACAAUUAGUGAUAACUGUGAUGACUCCCGUUAGGUUUCCAAUGAUGUCUCCUCGACAACUAGCUGAACUAUUACUAGCUCCACUGACGCUGACGUAUAAAGAAUUCUUUGUAGAACGUUUGUCCAUUGGAAUGUCGUUUCAUUCGAAUCAGAUGGAUAGAAUUAAAGAGGUGUGUCUAUGCGAGGAAGAUGGUGCGCUGCUUUUCGAGCCAAGAUUAUACACAGUGGAUACUUGCAGUUCGUUGCUCACAAUAGAGAACUUUCAUAGUUUACCGUCUUAUCAUACUAGAACUCUCGUAUUCUCAAGUCAUUCGUGCUUGGCAGAAUAUGCCGGUGAUCGUGUUUGCGAAUGGGUCGUAGACAUUUAUCCGAAAGGUGUCUGGUUUAAGAAAUUCUUUUUAAUUGUAUGGCAAGGAACGGUUGAGAUGCCAGAGCACAUUAAACGAUCAGUCCGAUUGUCGUUUACGUGCAAGGAACCACCGUUGGACCGCUAUACUGACAUGCGUGUAAAAAUAGGCGUAUUAAUUUAUGGUCUGCAAGACGGCGUCGAACAUAUUAUGAGAGUAACCGAAGUCAUACAUAGAUUUAAUCAAGACGAACGUGUUCUUAACUUAGAAGAUCUCUUGCCAUUCGAGGAACUCAAUCCGCAACAGGGUUCUCUGCCGGAUACUCUGUCUCCUUAUUUAGUAGGGCCAAACAAAGACAUGCUCAAAUUGCACAUUGUAAUAUCUCCAGCUAACUAAGGGUACAAUUCUUUUAGUUUCUUUCAAUAUCUAGCUUUACGUUCAUUAAUACAUUUAUUUUCAUUAAACUCCUAGUAUACCAAAAAUUGUAUCACUGCGUAUCUUACAAAUCAUUAAACUUUUUAUAAAAGUUUAAAGAAUGACCUUAUCUGUACAACUGAUAUAUACAUAAGAAUUAAAUUUUGUACAUGGAAUGUUAAUAUACCAUACAUAUGAUAAGUAGAAUGUAAUAAAGUAUUAGAAGAUUAUGCAUAUAUAUGUAUAUAAUAUAUACGUAUAUUGUAUUUGGUUCGUGCAAUCUACUACAAAAAAAGAAAGAACAUUGAGGAACAACAUUGUUUACAGUAGGUACUCUUAUGCGGUUGUGCAAAUACAUUAUUUUAUUACACGAUAUAUAUUAAACUUAAGAUAUUUUACUAGUAUUGUUAUAAAGAAAUAUUCUCAAUUACGAUUGUGUACAAGACAUUAAUGUAAUAUAUUUGACUUAUGCGAUCAACAAUUUACGACUGAGAGAAAGAAUGAAAAUGCAUUUUUUAUGAGCAGAUGUAUUUAUCAUCUAAAAUAGAAGUUUGACUUGAAGUUUUUCUAUUUUUGGUAUUUAUAUGAGAACCGUAAAUCUUAAUAAAAGAUUUUACAAUUUAUAAAGGGAA